CUUCCGGCUGCAGAGUUGCAUUCGCGAUGUUUCUGCUGCAGCUGCUCGUCUUCAUGCCUGUGGUUCUGUUCCUGGUUCUGCUCCUGGUUCUGUUCCUGGUUCUGUACCUGGUUCUGGUGCAGCACAAAUCCUGGACUCCAGUGCCUGCUGGCAUCAAGCAGCCGGGGAAGCUGAGGAUGCUGCAACUUUCCUACUUUGUCGUCGUCACAGGGGCCUUCCUGUUGGAGCGUGUGGGUGUUGGCCACCACAUCACCUUGAUGCGGUGGUAUUUCAACAACGUGGAGCGCCUCAUGAAGAACCUGACGCCCACGCAGGACGGGAAGGUCUUGAGGGUCAGCGACGUGACGUUCGACGGCGUCCCCGUGCGAGUUUACGAGCCCCGUGGCGGCGAGGAGCGAGGUCUGAAGAGAGGCCUGCUGUACCUGCACGGCGGAGGCUGGACGUACGGCAGCGCCAAGGAAGGUUCCUGCGACGCCCACAACAGAACGACCGCCGACCAGCUCCACGCCGUCGUGGUCUCUGUGGAGUACGGUCUUUAUCCGGAGGUACAGUUUCCCAGGCAGUACCUGGACUGCCUCGCCGCCGCCAAGCACUUCCUGUCCCCGGAAGUGCUCGCCAAGUACGGCGUCGACCCGUGCCGUGUGGGCGUGUCCGGUGACAGCGCGGGCGGCAACCUGGCGGCAGCUGUUGCUCAAGAGAUCUCUGGCGAUGACAACACCAGCGUGAAAUUCAGCGCGCAGGCGUUGAUCUACCCGGCGCUCCAAGCGGUGGACUUCAACACGCCGUCUUAUAGGCGGAACCAAGACGUGCUGAUGCUCUCCAGGUCGCUCAUGGUGGACUUCUGGCUGCAGUACCUCGGCCAGGACCGCUCCUUCAAGGACCACUUCCUGUCCAACCGCCACCAGGCGGCCGUUUCGCCGCAGCUCCGGGCGCGCGCGGACUGGACCGCCCUCCUGCCGCCCAGGUACAAGGAAGGCCACCAGUUCUUUCCGCCGCGCGACCGGACACCAAGCGAGGGGCUGGGGGUGCCGGGUCUGCAGGAUGUGCGUGCGGCGCCCCUGCUGGCGAGCUCGGAGGUGCUGGCCAGGUGCCCGCGGGCGUACGUGGUGACGUGCGAGUACGACGUGCUGAGAGACGACGGGCUCAUGUACGCGCAGCGCCUGAAGGACGCCGGCGUGGCGGUGACGGCCGACCAUUACGAGGACGGCUUUCACGGGUGCUUCAGCCUCACCCUGGUUCCUUUCCGCUUUGACUUGGGGGUGAAGACGUUCAGACGUUACGUUCGUUGGCUCCAUGACAACCUGUGAACUAACACAAUUUAAAAAAAACUACAAAACCUAAAAACAGUGAAGUUGUUGUGGUAUUUUAAGCUUCGUAUUGCACCACGCAUUCUCAAUGGCAGACAGGUCUGGACUACAGGCAGGCCAGUUUAGUACCAGCACUCUUUUACUGCGAAGCCACGCUGUUGUAACACGAGGCUUGGCAUUGUCUUGCUGAAAUAAGCAGGGGCGUCCAUGAUAACGUUGCUUGGAUGCUACAAAAGCUGUAUGUACCUGUCAGCAUUAAUGGUGCCUUCACAGAUGUGUAAGUUACCCAUGCCUUGGGCAGAUGGUAGGGGGGUGUAUUAGUGCCUUUUACACUUUCAACGCCUAAAACAAUCCGGAUGGUUCUUUUCCUCUUUGUUCCGGAGGACACGACGCCACAGUUUCCAAAAACAAAUUUAAAAUGUGGACUCGUCAGACCACAGAACACUUUUCCAUUUUGCAUGGCGGUACUGCAUCAAAAAGCGACAUCAGUGUGUAAAGGAUAUCACCACAUGGACUCAGGAACACUUCAGAAAACCGCUGUCAGUAACUACGGUUGGUCGCUACAUCUGUAAGUGCAAGUUAAAACUCUACUAUGCAAAGCCAAAGCCAUUCAUCAACAACACCCAGAAAUUGCCGCCGGCUUCGCUGGGCCCGAGCUCAUCUAAGUUGGACUGAUGCAAAGUGGAAAAGUGUCCUGUGAUCUGACGAGUCCACAUUUCAAAUUGUUUUUGGAAACUGUGGACGUCGUGUCCUCCGAACCAGAGAGGAAAAGAACCAUCCGGAUUGUUAUAGGUGCAAAGUUCAAAAGGCAGCAUGUGUGAUGGUAUGGGGGUGUAUUAGUGGUUGUUGUAGGGUGAAAGUGUGGUAGUCAGCAUGUGUGAUGGUAUGGGGGUGUAUUAGUGAUUGUUGUAGGGUGAAAGUGUUGUAGUCAGCAUGUGUGAUGGUAUGGGAGUGUAUUAGUGAUUGUUGUAGGGUGAAAGUGUGGUAGUCAGCAUGUGUGAUGGUAUGGGGGUGUAUUAGUGAUUGUUGUAGGGUGAAAGUGUUGUAGUCAGCAUGUGUGAUGGUAUGGGAGUGUAUUAGUGAUUGUUGUAGGGUGAAAGUGUUGUAGUCAGCAUGUGUGAUGGUAUGGGAGUGUAUUAGUGAUUGUUGUAGGGUGAAAGUGUUGUAGUCAGCAUGUGUGAUGGUAUGGGGGUGUAUUAGUGAUUGUUGUAGGGUGAAAGUGUUGUAGUCAGCAUGUGUGAUGGUAUGGGAGUGUAUUAGUGAUUGUUGUAGGGUGAAAGUGUUGUAGUCAGCAUGUGUGAUGGUAUGGGGGUGUAUUAGUGAUUGUUGUAGGGUGAAAGUGUGGUAGUCAGCAUGUGUGAUGGUAUGGGGGUGUAUUAGUGAUUGUUGUAGGAUGAAAGUGUGGUAGUCAGCAUGUGUGAUGGUAUGGGGGUGUAUUAGUGAUUGUUGUAGGGUGAAAGUGUGGUAGUCAGCAUGUGUGAUGGUAUGGGGGUGUAUUAGUGAUUGUUGUAGGAUGAAAGUGUGGUAGUCAGCAUGUGUGAUGGUAUGGGGGUGUAUUAGUGAUUGUUGUAGGGUGAAAGUGUUGUAGUCAGCAUGUGUGAUGGUAUGGGAGUGUAUUAGUGAUUGUUGUAGGGUGAAAGUGUGGUAGUCAGCAUGUGUGAUGGUAUGGGGGUGUAUUAGUGAUUGUUGUAGGGUGAAAGUGUUGUAGUCAGCAUGUGUGAUGGUAUGGGGGUGUAUUAGUGAUUGUUGUAGGGUGAAAGUGUUGUAGUCAGCAUGUGUGAUGGUAUGGGGGUGUAUUAGUGAUUGUUGUAGGGUGAAAGUGUUGUAGUCAGCAUGUGUGAUGGUAUGGGAGUGUAUUAGUGAUUGUUGUAGGGUGAAAGUGUUGUAGUCAGGAUGUGUGAUGGUAUGGGGGUGUAUUAGUGAUUGUUGUAGGGUGAAAGUGUUGUAGUCAGCAUGUGUGAUGGUAUGGGGGUGUAUUAGUGAUUGUUGUAGGGUGAAAGUGUGGUAGUCAGCAUGUGUGAUGGUAUGGGGGUGUAUUAGUGAUUGUUGUAGGGUGAAAGUGUUGUAGUCAGCAUGUGUGAUGGUAUGGGAGUGUAUUAGUGAUUGUUGUAGGGUGAAAGUGUUGUAGUCAGCAUGUGUGAUGGUAUGGGGGUGUAUUAGUGAUUGUUGUAGGGUGAAAGUGUUGUAGGCAGCAUGUGUGAUGGUAUGGGGGUGUAUUAGUGGUUGUUGUAGGGUGAAAGUGUUCUAGGCAGCAUGUGUGAUGGUAUGGGGGUGUAUUAGUGAUUGUUGUAGGGUGAAAGUGUGGUAGUCAGCAUGUGUGAUGGUAUGGGGGUGUAUUAGUGAUUGUUGUAGGGUGAAAGUGUUGUAGUCAGCAUGUGUGAUGGUAUGGGGGUGUAUUAGUGAUUGUUGUAGGGUGAAAGUGUGGUAGUCAGCAUGUGUGAUGGUAUGGGGGUGUAUUAGUGAUUGUUGUAGGGUGAAAGUGUGGUAGUCAGCAUGUGUGAUGGUAUGGGGGUGUAUUAGUGAUUGUUGUAGGGUGAAAGUGUUGUAGUCAGCAUGUGUGAUGGUAUGGGGGUGUAUUAGUGAUUGUUGUAGGGUGAAAGUGUUGUAGUCAGCAUGUGUGAUGGUAUGGGGGUGUAUUAGUGAUUGUUGUAGGGUGAAAGUGUUCUAAGCAGCAUGUGUGAUGGUAUGGGGGUGUAUUAGUGGUUGUUGUAGGGUGAAAGUGUUCUAAGCAGCAUGUGUGAUGGUAUGGGGGUGUAAUAGUGGCCAAGACAUGGGUAACUUACACAUCUGUGAAGGCACCAUUAAUGCUGAAAGGUACAUACAGGUUUUGGAGCAACAUAUGUUGCCAUCCAAGCAACGUUAUCAUGGACGCCCCUGCUUAUUUCAGCAAGACUAUGCCAAGCCAGGUGUUACAACAGCGUGGCUUCAUAGGACAAGAGUGCGGGUACUAGACUGGCCUGCCUGUAGUCCAGACCUGGCUCCCAUUGAAAAUGUGUGGCGCAUUAUGAAGCCUGAAAUACCACAACGGAGACCCAAACCAUCAAGCAAGAAUGGGAAAUAAUUCCACCUGAAAAGUUUCAAAAAUGUGUCUCCUCAGUUCCCAAACGUUUACUGAGUGUUGUUAAAAGGAAAGGCCAUGUAACACACUGGUAAAAAUGCCCCUCUGACAACUUUUUUGCAAUGUGUCUCUGCCAUUAAAUUCUAAGUUAAUGAUUAUUUGCCAAAAAAAAAUAAGUUUCUCAGUUCAAACUUUAA